GUUUCAUCGAGAUGGCUGGCGGUUUCGGCAUCGAAAGCGGCGGCGGCCACCGGGUCGCCAGGGAUUAUCCUGGGAAAGUCACGGCUUACGUUCUCAUCACAUGCAUCGCCGCCGCCAUGGGCGGGUUGAUUUUCGGAUACGACAUCGGUAUUUCGGGCGGCGUGACGUCCAUGGCUCCCUUCCUGAAGAGGUUCUUCCCUUCCGUGUACCGGAAGGAGGCGUUGGACCGGUCGACGAACCAAUACUGCAAGUUCGACAGCGUCAAGCUGACGAUGUUCACGUCGUCGCUCUACUUGGCGGCGCUCGCGGCUUCGUUCCUUGCAUCCAGGGUGACGAGGAGGAUGGGUCGGAGGUGGUCCAUGUUGCUGGGUGGCACGAUCUUCCUCUGCGGUGCUGUCAUAAAUGCCGCCGCUCAGAACAUAGGUAUGUUGAUCGCUGGCCGGAUUUUGCUCGGCAUCGGAGUCGGCUUCGCCACUCAGUCUAUACCACUCUAUGUGUCGGAGAUGGCGCCAUACAAGCACCGUGGCUCGCUCAAUGUGCUCUUCCAGCUGUCCAUAGCGGUGGGCAUCCUGUGCGCAAACUUGGUCAACUACUUCACCCAAAAGAUGGCCAACGGCCAAGGGUGGCGCCUGAGCCUCGGCGGCGCGGCGGUCCCCGCCCUCUUCAUCGGCAUCUCGGCCCUCUUCCUCCCCAACACCCCCAACUCCAUCCUCGAGAAGGGCAAUCCCACGAAGGCGCGCGAGAUGCUCCGCCGCGUCCGGGGGCUCUCCGACUGCGAGGUGGAGGCCGAGUUCAACGACAUUGUGGAGGCUAGCAAGGCGUCCGAGGCCGUGAAGCACCCGUGGAGGAACCUCGGCAAGAGGAAGUACCGGCCGCAACUAAUCAUGUCAGUGCUCAUCCCAAUGUUUCAGCAACUUACCGGGAUCAACGUGGUCAUGUUCUACGCGCCAGUCCUGUUCAUCACCAUCGGGUUCGGGAACGAUGCAUCGCUUAUGUCUUCGCUUAUAACCGGCGGCGUCUUUGCGGCGGCGACACUCAUCUCCGUGUAUGGAACUGAUAAGUGGGGACGCCGCCGGCUCUUCUUAUGGGGCGGAGGGUUGAUGCUCAUCUUUCAGGUGGCGGUUGCCUCCCUGAUCGGUUGGAAGUUCGGCGUGACGGGCCAAGUGGACAGCCUCCCUGGCUGGUACGCGAUCAUCGUGGUGAUCUGCAUCUGCACCUUCGCGGCUGCCUUCGCCUUCUCGUGGGGGCCGCUGGGGUGGCUGGUGCCGAGUGAGAUAUUCCCCUUGGAGAUCCGGUCGGCUGCUCAGAGCAUCGUCGUGAGCGUCAACAUGUUCUUCACCUUCCUUAUCGCGCAGAUCUUCCUCACCAUGCUCUGCCACAUGAAGUUCGGCCUCUUCAUCUUCUUCGCCUUCUUCGUCGCCCUCAUGACCGCCUUCAUCUACUUCUUCUUGCCUGAGACGAAGAACAUCCCGAUCGAAGAGAUGUCCCAAGUCUGGGAGGAACAUUGGUACUGGAAGAAGUACGUGGUCGUAGAUGGACCGCCGUUCGCCGAGAAAGUUUAGGCUUUCGAUAUUUUUGCUUAAGUUUAGGAAAUAAUUUGACUAUACUUUUUCUAAUUUUUGCAAUUUCAAUAUGUUAGGUUUGUUUAGGU